GAUUCCAAAACGGAUUCCAAAGGGCGACAAUCAUUUCAUAACACAUUUCAGAAGCGCCGCUGUCAAAACAUAAAACAAACCAGUGUCAGUUGCUUUUACAUGCAGAAUCAUUCACCAUGAGCAAGAAAGUGUCAAAUUCAAAUAUUGUCACAAAUAAUUGCGGUUCAGAAUCCGAUCCUCCGUCGAUUCCGAAAAGAAGACAAGAACUUCUGAAAUGGAAUGGAUGGGGUUACAAGGAUUCAAAGUUUAUUUUGAACAAAGACAACCAUGUGGAGUUUACAGGAGAAAGGUAUCAGUUGAGUGGUCAUACGAUGACGUUACUGAGAGACUGGAUGAUGGCAACAGUAGGUAUAAGUCUGGAACACAGAACACCUCCACAGCCAGAAAUGUUGGCUAAGGACAUGCCUACACCAGUAAGAAAUGAGGAUUUCAUAGCUGACUUAAGACGAACAAACAUCUCGCAUUCAGAUGACUGUCAGGACAGGCUCUUCAGAGCUCAUGGUCACACAUUGAGUGAAAUAUUUAUUCUUCGUGAGGGAAGUUUCAAAAGAAUACCAGAUUUAGUUGUUUGGCCUAACUGUCAUAAUGAUGUUGUAAAGAUUGUGGAACUGGCAAACAAGCAUAAUGUCUGUAUCAUUCCAUUCGGAGGAGGAACAAGUGUGUCUGAAGCGUUAAUGUGUCCAACUGAAGAAACUAGAAUGAUAGUGUCAUUAGAUAUGUCACAGAUGAACAGAAUUCUUUGGGUAGAUGAGAAGAACCUAGUUGCUCAUAUAGAGGCUGGUAUCAUUGGACAGGACCUGGAAAGAUUGCUUGGCAAGAAGGGUUACUGUACUGGACAUGAGCCUGACUCCAUGGAGUUUAGCUCCCUGGGCGGCUGGGUAGCAACUCGAGCUUCAGGGAUGAAGAAAAAUAUCUACGGCAAUAUUGAGGAUCUUGUUGUUCAUGUAAAAUGUGUGACACCAAAAGGUACAUUAGAAAAAUCCUGCCAGGUCCCAAGAAUGUCCUGUGGACCUGACAUACACCAUUUUAUUCUAGGAUCGGAGGGUACGUUGGGUGUAGUGACAGAGGUCACUAUGAAGAUACGUCCUGUCCCAGAGUGUAAGAGAUAUGGCUCUAUUGUGUUCCCUAACUUCGAAAAUGGCGUAGCCUGUCUCAGAGAAAUAGCUAAACAAAAAUGUGCACCAGCUUCUAUAAGAUUGAUGGACAAUGAACAAUUCCAGUUUGGACAUGCAUUGAAGCCUGAAUCAAAGUCUGUGUUCACCAACUUUAUUGACGGUUUAAAGAAGUUCUAUAUAACCAGAAUUAAAGGGUUUGAUGUAAACAAACUUGCAGUUGCUACACUACUUUUUGAAGGUGCUAAAAAGGAUGUUGAUGCUCAAGAGAAAAGGGUGUAUGAAAUAGCAGCACAGUUUGGUGGUUUGGCAGGUGGAGCUGAGAACGGAGAGAGAGGCUACAUGUUGACUUUUGCUAUAGCUUAUAUCAGAGACUUGGGAUUUGAGUAUUAUAUUGUAGCUGAAUCAUUUGAAACAUCAGUGCCUUGGGAUAGAUGUCUAGACCUGUGUACUAAUGUGAAAGAUAGAUUACAUAGAGAAUGUAAGGAACGAGGAAUACAGUUCCCUCCAUAUAUCACAUGCAGGGUAACACAGUGCUAUGAUGCUGGUGCAUGUGUGUAUUUCUACUUCGGGUUUAACUACAGAGGCAUACAGAAUCCAGUACAAAUGUAUGAAGAUAUUGAGGCAUGUGCUCGAGAUGAAAUCCUGGCAAAUGGUGGAAGUAUUUCUCAUCAUCAUGGAGUGGGUAAACUUCGUAAAAGAUGGUUGAGGAAAACCAUUGGUGAUGUUGGUCUAGGAGCAAUGCGGGCCAUCAAGGAGUAUGUGGACCCACAGAAUAUCUUUGGCUGCAAGAACCUGAUGGUAGGGGAACCAGAGCAAGCGGACCAUACUGCGGAACAGAUGAAAAAUGUGCUGGUCAGCAAAUUGUGAUCUACUGCUGCAUGAUGGGAAAUAAUUGUGAUAUACUGAUGCAUGAUGGGAAAUAAGUGUGAAAUACUGAUGCAUGAUUGGAAAUAAGUUUGACUUAGUGUUGCAUGCUGGGAAAUAAAAUAUCUGCAAUAUGUAACAUAGGCAAAACAAGGCCUCUUUUGUGACUUUAAAAGAACAAACACCAAAUAUUUUUAUUUCAGAUUUGUUUCAUUUAACAUAUUGUUUAUUGAAAAUGCUGUGAAUCUUACGUGUAUCGUUAAAGUCAAGUAUUCUUUGAACUAGUACUGGAACAAAUGUAGUACUCAUAUAUUGUAAUCUUUUAGUACAGUGCACCCAUUUAUCAGUGAUGACUUUUUGCAGUCACAUGAUGAAAAACUCGUUAACAUAUAUGUAAACUUUAGUAGUUAAGUUUAGAAGGUGCUCCAAGUAUAAUGUUAAUUAUUCAAUUGUGUAACCACCUAUUAGGUCCAAGAAAAAUUUGAAUUGAUUUGUGUUCUCAAAUCUAAAAGUAUCUAUGUGAACUUGACAUUUACAUAUACAUAUAGCAUUUACAAUUGUUAUUUUAUUUGUGUUACUGUAUUUCUGAAGAAAAUUGAAGCAUUCCUGAAAUUUUUUGUUGAAUUAAUUUCUGUUAUGUACCUUUAAUUUAUUUGUUUUAGAAAAAAGGGCUAUUUCAUGGGGAUAUGAAUUUGUUGACUUCCAAAGAUAAAAUAAAUGGGAAUUUUACUUGUUCAUUGCGAUUUGAUUGUAUAGAUUGAUGCAACAAUAAAUCCAACGAAAGUUAGUUCCUCGUGAAUAUUAAUGAUUUUAUAGUACUAGUUUAUAAUAUUUUUGUGUUUGUUUAAGGUAGUGGACUGGUAUUGACAAUCAGCAAAUUAUAUUUUCUCUGUUUGUGAUUUUGGUAGUCGAAUGCUGUAUGCUCUUUGAGGUACAUAAAUGUCCAAAGAAUGCCAAAUUACAUAAGAUUAUGUAAUCGCACUGAAAUUGGCGAGCUUUAUUGUUGGUCCAUUACCUUAAUAUUUGUGUGUGCGUAAUAUUCAAUUAAGCAUUGGAUAGCAGUGUUUAUAUCAACCUUACCAUAUAAGGUUGAGGUCUAUCACAUAUAUAUUACAACCUCGUGUAAUAAUUGGGUUUUUAUAUAUGUUACUAUAAAUAGAAACAAAUUGAUGUUAAAAUUACACAGGUACCAUUUGACAAUUUUCUAGUAUGACAAAAACUUGUUAGUCCCUGAUGGAAUGGCUACAUCAUAAUAACGUUGUAUAUAAUGAAAGGUCUUUCAUUGUCUGGUGUUGUCUUUGCAUCAUUUUGGCACACCUUGUUUCAAAAUUGCUCGAGGGCUAAAGCCAUUACUGCACUAUGUGUACCAUUUUGAUCAGGAGGCAAACCUUAACCAUAGUAAAAUAUUAUUAUAAUUUAUCUUAUUAUAAAUAGUUGCAAAUUUGUCUUAAAAUUACACAAAUACCAUUUAACUUGCUUUAGUGAUAUUGACACAUGCAAAUAAAAUGUGAUUGGCAUACUUCUCAUCUCUGUUGAAACUAUCUAUCUUUAUAUACGGCUGGACUCCCCUCACGGGUAUAAUAGCCGGGCUGCGCGUCACAACCAGAUAAAAGUUGGUUUAAAAGCAGUGACAGGAAGGCUUCAAAAAUGAAGAUCAGAAAGAAGAUAAAAGUGUGAAAGUGUUGAGUAAGAUGAAAUAUUCACAAGUUAAAAGGGGUUAAAAACAUCCGCUUUGUGAGUUCAGGGGCGACUUAAUCACAUUCCAACUUGAAGGUCAUACAGCAGUGUAUAUAAAAAAAGGUCAACAAAUGGCUGGGGAGUGAGUUUUUGUCACAAUGGCACACCUAGUUUCACAUUGGCCCUUGGGCCAUUAUUGCAGUAAGAUUUUGAAUGGAUAGUUUCUAACUUCUGUAGUAACAUUCUGAUGUUUUAAUUUCUGACAUACAAACAAACAGUUGGUUUAAACAAUAUUUAUUUUCCAAAUAUGCAUUUCAUACAAACAUAUAUUGAUGUGAUAGGAUUGAGGAGUAAGCUAAAAGCUUGUAUUAAAACCUCUUUCAAACAGUUAUAUAAAGUAUAUUUUAUUAUCAUUGUAAGUGCUAAGAUAUUGACUGUCAAUCAGAAUUCAGGCAUUGAAAAGUUUUGAAAUAAUGUCUCCCUCCUAACUAAGAGGCCAGUUCUAGUUCUUUCCAGGAAAGACAGCUUCACAUGUAUCCGUCCUACACACCAGGCAGAACAAGACUAUUGGUUAAGUUAGCCAGACACACUGGCAUCUAAAAGAUUUCUUUCUGUUCUGGAGACUUUCUCUCUCGCUGUCUUUCUGGUCAGACAAAGCUGUGCUGAUGGAGGAUGACUUUGGUCUCCUGAUAUGUAAUUGGCCUUUUAAUGUGUUCCUCAUUGAAAGGGCACUAUAUAAAUGUAUGAUUUAAAUGUUACUGCAGAUUUGUGAGACAUGAUAACACAGAUUUGAGUAUAUAUGCAAAUGUUGAACCAGUAAGCAUGAAUGGUACAAUCUAGGUGUGUAAAUAAAGCAGCAUUGAAACUAAUCUUAUUGGGUUAGUAGACUUGUGAAAUAUGCAUGCUUGUUUGUAUUGCUAGGUGCUCUGGUAUAUUGUGAUGGUGAUUGGUUCAUAUAAAUUCUCUCUGCCUAUAUAUAUAUAUUACAUGCUUAGAGACAUAUCUUACUCCUCCUGAUCAAAUAAAUACUGUGAGACAGUAACAAUGGUGAUGGUUGUGAAUUAAGUGAACAAAUAAAUCGUUUUUCAUGAUUGUUUCAUGCUGUGUUGAAUACAAGAAUAAGAAAAUAUAAAUCAUACAUGUAUCAUUAUUGUAGCUUUAUGUCAUGUGUGAUUUCUGAUGCAAAUUUAUUUAACUAUUUAUAAUGAAAUCCUUUUUCUACUUUAUAGUCAAUAAAUAAUGUAUUAAAGAUA